GAAAAGAUCCUUGAGGAUGUCGAAUACAACAUAUUCGCUUUCCCUGCCGGUCUUGUCACCUGUGACUACCUCUCAGACUCUGGUACCUCAGCCAUGACAGACCUACAAUGGGCCGCAUGUAAGAUUCCAGAGACCCACCCCAUCUGAUAUUGCCUAACUAGGUCCAUUCUCGGGGUUCAAGAAAAAAGGUCGAGUAUACACCUGAGUUCUGGGUGUACCGGUCACUAACCUGAGAUGUCCUUAGUGAUAAGAGGCGAUGAAAGUUAUGGCCGCAAUUGGGGAUACUAUUGUCUACUUGAUACCUUCAGAGAUGUUUUUGAGAGAGGGAACAAUCGACUAUAUACAGCCCACAGCAUCCUGACAGGAACAGCAACUGGUGAAUUUUAUCGAUCAAAGCUGCUGAAGGCCUACAAUGGGGGCUUCGUCAACGGUGGGCCUCAUCAACUCGAAACCCCCAAUUUCUUCAUCGUCCCCCAAGGUCGCUGUGCCGAGUUCCUACUCUUCUCUACCCUCAAGGACUUCAUGUCGGAAAACCCAAAGGGAGAUGAGUCUGGCCCGCCUAUAGUCGUGAGUAACGGCUUCUUCGAUACCACAGGGGCCAAUGCCGCCGCCGCCGGCUUUGUCCUGGAAACCUUUACUCAGCCUGGACUGGAAGAUCCCUUCCCCAAACAUCUCAUUGGCAAACAAAACCUUUUCAAGGGGAAUUUGGACCUCGUAGCAACCGAAGCGUUUUUGGAGGAGCACUCGGGACAAGUAACCUUGAUACUGAUGACUAUCACUAACAACUGGGCUGCUGCGCAGCCAGUGUCCAUGGCAAACAUCAGGGCAGCCGCAGAGCUGGCAAGGCGGAAGUCGAUACCCUUGUUCUUUGACGCCUGCCGAUUCGCAGAGAACGCCUGGUUCAUCCACCGCUUCGAGGCGGGAUACUCGGACAAAUCGAUCCCGGAGAUUGUCCAGGAGAUGUUUUCCUAUGCGGAAGGGUUCACCAUCAGCUUGAAGAAGGAUGGCCUCGCGAAUAUGGGUGGUGUCUUGAGCUUUCGGGACGAAGGAUUGUUCGCGCAGAAGUACAAAGGGAUUGGGCUUCGCCUGAAGGAGCGGCAGAUCCUGUUUUAUGGAAACGACUCUUACGGAGGAAUGAGCGGACGCGAUCUAAUGGCGACCGUAGCCGGUUUGUACGAAGUGACAAAAGAGCCUUAUCUUCGCAACCGUAUCGGUCAAGUUUGUUCUUUCGCCCAGAAACUCCUUGCCAAUGGAAUACCGGUCCUCUCGCCUCCAGGUGGCCAUGCGGUCUAUCUCGAGAUGAACGAGUUCUUCCAUGGCUGUGACAGGCAGCCGGGCGAUUUUGCCUCGGUGGGCUUCACUCUGGAACUCCUCAAAGAUUAUGGCAUCCGAGCAGCCGAAGCCGGCCCAUUCGGGUGGCAAUGGGAUAAUCAGACCCCCGAGGAGCGAAAGAAGAUACCAAACCUGGUCCGAUUCGCCGUUCCGCGUCACGUACUGUCCGAUGAGCAUAUUAAUUACACAGUGGCUGCCAUUAGACAAGUACAUAAACGCAGACAAACUAUACCAAACGUGAAGAUCACUAGAGGCAAGAAUAUGAGACUCCGGCAUUUUUCAUGUGGUUUGAAACCUGUCGCUGUACUCCAGGAGAUCGAAGGGACAUACCUGAGCGAAGCUAAACGACAGAUAUCUCAUCUAUCUGCGGCCAUUGGACAGGACGAGACGAAAAAGGAACUACUAAUCAGUGCUUUAGAAUUAACGACAAAUGGCUGGGGCCGAGCACCGGUCCCCAAGGAUGUUGACACGUCGAGAUGGGUCUCUCAAGUGAGCAACGACAACUCGCCGUUUGAAUACUCGGUCGUACUUGAUCAGAGGACUGGGGAAGCAGAGCUACGGUUCCUGGUUGAAGCUCAGUUGUCGGAAGGGGAAAGAGACGGAAAUUUGAUCCAACUGCAAGAGAACGCAUUGCGGUUGACGGAAGGAAUCGCAAACGAAUACGGUACAAGCGUCUCUCUGGACCGAUUCAAUCUCAUACGGGACUUGUUCAUGCCGGCAAACCCUCAGGGCAAGUUCGCGGCGUGGCACAGCUAUGCGUCAGGUAAGGCCGGGCCCGAGUGGAAAAUAUAUCUCAACCCAAGUAUUGCAUCGGGACGAGACAGUGCACUGGCAGCAACCCAGACGGCAUUCGAACACCUAGGCAUGGCCCGCGCCUGGGAGCUCGUGCAGAAAGUCCUGGCGCCCAGCGAGUCCGUUGUCUAUUUCUCCCUCGACCUCUCUCCAGACGUGGGACGCGCGAGGGUCAAGGUGUACGUCUCACACGGGUCGACGUCGGCGCGUGACAUCGCACAGAAACACGUCGCCAUCUGUCCGCACGCAGAUGCGUACGAGAUUCAGCGGUUCUGCGAAAUCGUGGCCGGCGGGUCGCUCGGGCCGUACGAGGGAAAAUCGCUGUUGUCUUGCUUUGCCUUCACGACGGAGGCGCAGGACCGGCCGCAGGGGACGGUGCACUUCCCGAUCGACGCGUACGCCGACAACGACGAGGAUGCGCAGGGGCGCAUCGAGCGAUAUCUGGCUGCUGUGUCCGCGUCGGCGCUCUGCAGAGAGCGGUAUAGGAGAAUCAUCAGUGCGGUGCAGCGGAGGCCGCUGGAUCAGGGGCCGGGCAUCCAAUCCUGGAUAAGCUUGAAGCAGGAAGCCGGCGGCAAGCAGUCAAAUGCUUUUUACAUCUCGCCUGGGCUGUUCAUUGCGUCCUCUCACAGUCGGCUUCACCAAAGCUUCCCAUCAGCUUCUUUCAUCUGAUCAAACACUUGGAGAGUUGCUCCGGUAGUUAAUACUAUAGCAGGCUCAAAUAACCAAGGUGGGGCGGGUAUUUUUGGCGCGGGAGGUACAGUGUAGAGCAUCUCAACGUUUUAAGAACGAGAUUAUAAUUAGAGGAAUUUGUUCUGUGGUUGCGGUUGUUAUGAUCGAUGUAGCGUAAGUCCGGU